AUGGUCAACAUCACCAAGUUCACCGGCGCUGCCGUCGCCGCUAGUCUCUUUGCCUCGGCCGCCGCUCACCCCGGCGAGCACCACGACCACCAUGCCAUCAAGCGCGAGAUCUCUGCCCGCGCUGCCCGCGCCUCCAACGCCAAGCGUGCCCUCGACAACUGCAACAAUGCUGCGAAGCACCAGGCCUUGGCCGCCCGCUCCCACGCUCGUCGUGCCCAGAUUGCCCGCGACCUCCGUGAGAAGCGCGGCAUUGCGAACAAGCCCAAGAAGUUCCGCCGUGACCUCGCUACCCUCGAGGAGUUCGAGGCCGUCAACCACAACAUGACGGGCAUCAGCGAGUACAACCAGUUCACCGACGCGCAUACCAUCUUCGGCGCCAACACCUCCUGUAUCCUGGCUCCCGAGGUCACCGACGGCCCUUACUACGUCGUCGGUGAGAUGAUCCGCAAGAACGUCAAGGAAGACCUGUACUCGGACGGUGUCGACCUGUACCUCGAGGUGCAGUACGUCGACAUUGAGACUUGCGAGCCUGUGCCCGACGUCUACGUCGACAUCUGGAACGCGAACGCCACGGGCGUGUACUCGGGCAUCUCCGUCAGCGGCAACUACGCCGCCGGUGGCUAUGACUCGACCUAUCUCCGCGGCAUCCAGGUCACUGACCAGGACGGUGUCGUCGGAUUCGAGACCAUCUUCCCCGGCCACUACGACGGCCGCGCAACGCACACUCACCUGCUCGCGCACAUGAACGUGACCGUCUUCCCCAACAACACCAUCUCGGACACGAACAACAUCACGCACAUCGGCCAGCUCUUCUGGAACGAGGAGCUGCGCACGGCGGUCGAGGCCGUCUACCCGUACACGACCAACGAGCAGGCCGUCACGUCCAACGCCGACGACAUGUGGGACAUUGUGCAGGCCGACACGUACUACGACCCCUUCCCGGAGUACCUCUACCUCGGCAGCGACGUCACCGACGGCCUGAUGGCCUGGAUCCAGAUCGGCAUCAACACGUCGGCCAACUACAUCGACGACGACUACUACUCGGUCGCCGCCUACAUCCAGGCCGACGGCGGCCACGAGAACGAGAACAGCGCCACCGGCUUCGGCGGCGGCGGCGACGGCGCCAACGGCACCAUGUCCGGCGCGGUCCCCUCGGGCACGCCUCCUUCCUCUUAG